AUGGAGACCAGGCUGAAGGCUCUCUCUGUGGAUAAGUUUAGACAGCCUUUAGGUUUUGUGUUUGGUUUUGAAGUCCCAAGACAGUAUUUUGGUGGGGGGCUUCUUAUUUUGUGGGAUAAUGAUGUUAAUAUUAGUGUUAUAAACUCUUCUUCUAAUCAUAUAGACUGUAUUGUAAAUAUUAAUGAUAAUAUAUGGCAUUUUACUUGUUUUUAUGGUUCUUCUGUUAGUUCUUUUAAGCAUGUUACUUGGAGAUUCUUGUGUGAUCUAUUUUCUAAUGCUCCUAACCUCCCAUGGUUGGUCAUGGGGGACUUUAACAGUUAUUUGUAUAGCUCUGAUAAGAUGGGAAGUGAUCACCUUGAUUCCCCUUCUAUGUCUCUCUUUGCUGAUUUUUUGACUAAUUCUAGUAUGUUCCCUGUUCAGUUUCUAGGAAAUAGGGCUCAUUUGGGUAGAUUACAAUCUUUGCUUGAUGCUCUACUCUAUAAAGAGGAGAUUUAUUGGAAACAGAGGGCUAGAGUUAGAUGGCUUAAUGCUGGAGACAGGAAUACUAAGUUUUUUCAUAAGCAUGCCACAUCUAGGCGUAAAACUAAUCAUAUUAAAUAUCUUAAAAUUGACACUGGAAGUGAUAUUGAGGCUGCUGCCUCUAUUUUUGAUUGUUUAGGCUCUGGGCCUUCUGAUCAGAGUGUAGAGAGUCUUUCUCAGCCUUUUGUUGCUGAUGAGGUUAAGAGAGCUGUGUUUCAGCUUUCUGGGGACAAGGCUGUAGGGUUGGAUGGUCUUAAUGCCUUUUUUUAUCAGAAAAAUUGGUCUGUUUUGGGUAAUGAUUUUACAGCUGCUGUUUUGGACUGUCUCAAUAAGCGGGCUGAUUUUUCUGAAAUUAAUUCUACUUUAAUUGUUUUAAUCCAUAAAAAGGCCCGUGCUAAUAUGCUUAAGGAUUUUAGGCUCAUUAGUUUGUGUACUACUUUUUAUAAAGUUAUCUCAAAAAUUUUGGCCAAUCGUUUAAAACAUGUUCUUGAUAGUGUUAUUUCUCCUUUUCAGAGUGCUUUUGUAUCUGGUCGUAUUAUUUAUGAUAAUAUUAUUCUAGCUAAUGAGUUAGUUCAUAAUAUAACUAAUAGGAAAGUAGGGAAAAGGGGUUGGGCUGCUCUUAAGCUUGAUAUGGCUAAGGCUUUUGACAGGUGUUUAUCCUCUGCUGCUAUUUCUUUUGCUGUCAAUGGUGUUGUUAGUGAGCCUAUCGAGCCUACUAGGGGUUUACGUCAAGGGGAUCCUUUGUCACCUUAUUUGUUCAUUCUUUGUUCUGAGGGUCUUUCUGCUAUUCUUAGCAAUUUUCAACGUCGAGGCCUUCUUAGGGGCCUUGCAAUUGCUAGGAAUGCCCCUUCUAUUUCUCAUCUUUUGUUUGCUGAUGAUAGCAUACUUUUUUGUUCUGCUGAUCCUACUUCCUGUGCUGCCCUUAAUCAAGCUCUUACUCUUUACUCCAAAGCUUCUGGACAAAUGAUAAAUUUUAGCAAGUCCUCUAUUUUGUUUUCCCCCAAUACUCAAUCUGAGAUUAGAGAUCUCUUUUUUGGUACUUUUCAUUUGGAAGAUAAGCCAUUCAUCACCAAAUACCUAGGUUUGCCUCAGUGUUUGUCUAGGUCUAAGUAUCCUGCUUUUGUUUUCCUUAAAGACCGAGUUUCCAACAUUAUUCAUUCCUGGCAUCACAAAUGGUUUUCGAGAGCAGGAAAGAAAACACUUAUUAAAGUUGUUCUCGAAGCCAUUCCUACUUAUGCCAUGUCCUGUUUUAGAUUGCCAACUAAACUUUGUAAGGAAAUUGAGUCCCUCAUUGCUAAAUUCUGGUGGGGUUCGUCGGGGGAUAAUUCGAAACUUUAUUGGAAAAAUUGGGGAAUUAUUUGUCAAUCAAAGUUUGUUGGGGGGUUGGGUUUUCGAUCUUUAAUUCAUUUUAAUCAAGCCAUGCUUGCUAAGCAAGCAUGGAGCGUCCUCACGUGUCCUCACCUUGCCUUGACCAAUCGUAGUAUAGCUUCGGGUUCCUCCUUUCAUAAUAGCAAGCGGUUUUGGACUAAAGUUUGGUCUUCAAAUGUUCCACCUAAAGUUAAACACUUGGUCUGGAGAGUUUUAUCCCACUCAAUUCCUGUUGCUUCGUCUUUAUUUUUUCGACACAUCAUUCCAUCUCCUGUCUGCCCGAUCUGUCAUCAAGCCACGGAGACAGUGAAACAUGCCAUCUUGGAGUGUAAAUAUGCUAGGAAAGCCUGGAAAAGUUCAAGCUUCAUUGGUUUUUAUACUAAUAAUCUGUCUAGCUCUAUAGAUACUUUUUUUGUUGCUGCUUUUGAAACUUUUGAUUCUCAUCAGAUUGCUAUCCUAUUUUGUUUUGUUUGGGCAAUUUGGAAUUAUAGAAAUAAAGUGUUUCGUCAGCAUAAAAGGCCUUGGCCUCAAGAUAUUUUUCAAUCUGCUUGUAAUUUUUUGGAUGAAUUUCAGUUAGCUCGUGUCAAGAAUUUCAAGCAGGAGACUGUAACUUCAGAGGGCCAAGAUCUAGUUCCUAUUCCGAUUGUAGGAACCUGGCAGGUCCAGACUGAUGCAGCUAUUGAUGUGGCUACUCAAAAGACUAGUUUAGCUUCAAUCGUCACGGAUGAGUGCGGGAUCAUUAAAGCUGGGUUUAUGCUUCCAUUGCAAGGAGUACUUCCUCCGGAUGUUGCUGAGGAUAAAGCCAUUUUAAUUGCGGUUCAAUGGUUACAAGCUACCAAUCUGCCAGUUUCUAUCCUUUUUUCGGAUUGCUUCUUAGCAAGUGCGUCUGGAAUGGUUGUUUGCCUUCCAGUUAUACCCGUUGACUUUGUUCUUUCUUUGGGUGUAAUGAAAGCAUUAGGAGGACUGCCCAGCCGCCGGACUGCAAAACCCAAAAGUCUGACGUCCAAAUUCACCGCGCGUGGGGCCCACGCGCCGUCGUUCGCUGCUGCCGGCCAUCCCACGCGCCGACGCGUGAGGGCGCGUCCGGCGUCUUCUCCGGUGGCGGUCGACGCCCGUCCCACUCCUGCUCCUUUCUCGUCCUCCUUGCUUCAGUUUUCGGCGGUUCUUCGCAUUUUGUGGUUUGAUACUUUUGUCUUCUUUGUGUUUGGGUAUCUAUUCCUUUGA